UUAUUAGCCAGUUUUACUGCUGCAGUUGUCGACUGCGGGUAUAUUUAUUAUUUUCUUUUCUAUCGUAGUGUAGAUGAACAAUAAAAACAAAGAAAGAAAAAAUACAUUGAUUUGUAAUCAUAUGGUUUGCAUAAUUAAGUAGGCAUAUACUUACUGACGUAUUUUUAAGGACAUACGUUGACAGCGACAAGUGUAGCAGACAAUAAGUGUAGUCGGAAUAAGCAUUAAGUUCCUAUUUUCAUUUGUCUUUCAUUUAAUUUUGUGAUACGCGAGUGCAAAAAUGUCGGAGAAUGUCAGUCCGAUUAAAUAUUUCCUUAGUGGAGGCUUUGGAGGUGUCUGUACUAUUGUGGCUGGUCAUCCUUUGGAUACGAUAAAAGUACGACUGCAGACUAUGCCAAUUGCUGGACCUAACCAAGUGCCACUUUAUACAGGAACAUGGGAUUGUGCCAAAAAAACAGUUGCAAAGGAAGGCUUUCGAGGAUUUUACAAAGGAAUGGGAGCACCACUUGUUGGAGUUGCUCCCAUUUUUGCCAUGAGUUUUUUGGGCUUUGGCAUUGGAAAGAAGCUGCAGCAAAAGACACCAGACGAAAAACUCAAUGAGCUACAGUUAUUUUAUGCUGGAGCAUUCAGUGGAAUAUUUACCACAGUAAUUAUGGCCCCUGGAGAGCGUAUCAAGUGUCUCCUGCAGAUACAGCAAGGUGAUGCCAAGCCAAAGUACAGGGGCCCAGUUGACUGUGUUAAACAGUUGUAUGCUGAAGGUGGUUUGCGGAGUAUAUUCAAAGGUUCUUGUGCUACUCUUUUAAGAGAUGUACCUGCCAGUGGAGUGUACUUUACGACCUACGAAGUCUUGCAAAGACUGUUGAAGGCCGAGGACGGCAGUCUCACGUUGCUCUCGACGAUAACCGCCGGGGGCUGCGCGGGAAUCGCCAACUGGAUCGUAGGCAUGCCACCUGACGUUCUGAAAUCCCGCCUCCAGACUGCACCCGAGGGUACGUACAAAAGGGGCGUGAGAGAGGUCUUUGUGAAGUUAAUGAAGACCGAGGGACCAGCCGCUCUUUACAAGGGCGUCGUUCCUGUCAUGUUGCGAGCUUUCCCAGCCAACGCUGCCUGCUUCCUCGGCUUCGAGCUUGCCAAAAAUUUCCUCGACUGGGUAGCGCCGAACUUGUAACAACUUGCCACUGUUAUUAUUAUUAUUAUUAUCAUUAGGUAUUCUUUUAUCAAAAAUUGUACUCGCUUCUCUAGGAUUUUUUUUUCGACGACUCUUGUGAUUCGGUAAGGUUUUGGAAUCAACGAACAACGAACGAAUCGAUGUUAUUGAUAUAUUUUAGAUGGUAGCUAUGCGGCACUUUAAUAGUUUUUUUCUUUUAUCUUGGUUGAUUUGUUGAUUCAAAUUAACGUUGUUUCUCUGCCGCGUAGCCCGUAUAAAUAUUACCCUAUAUUAGGAUCUGAUAAUCUCAAUGAAUUACGCUCCCGACUUUAUUACAUAGUUCGAUUGAGCGUUUAACAUUUUAAUAAUUGAAUAGAAUUUAAUAAAAUUGAUAUCGGAAUUUGGCUAACGAGUUGGCUAAGUCUGUGUUCCAUGUGUUCGAUUUAGUAUAUAGAUUUUAAAACAAUUUUUAUAGAGACAAAAAUGAUGUACUCGUUAGUCCAUCUGCGAAUCCGAUUGAUAACACAAAACCUAGGGUUUUAUCGAUUUUCCAUAUAGUAUAACUGAAAAAGAAUUGAAUAAUAGUAUUUGAAAGUUAAUACGAAAGUUUUGGAUAUAAAUAUUUUAUGUGCAAUCUCACUUGUACAUUGUUACGAGCCGAACGUUAAGAUUGGCAAAAAACUAAUAACAUGUUUUACAUUUAUUUUCAUAAAAAGAGUUAUAUAUGUUUACAAAAUGUUUAAUCCAACGCUAUUGAAAUAUCUGCUUCAAUAUUUACUAACAUAUCGAGAAAAGGGAUAAUAAUGUUAAAAAUAUAUCUGAAUAUAUAAUUUUAUUUGGAGUUGACGAUAAUAAUUAAUAGCUGUAUGGUAUAUAAUAUGCGACUUAUAUUUUUAUACAUAAAUCAUUUGUAUAAAAAUUUUAUUUGAAAAAUCGAACUUCUUGCCUUUACAAAUAAUAUACAAAUAAUAUUAAAAUUUUUAUACAAAUGACCGAAUGUCGUGCCACGAAUGUUAAUUAUCUUAAAUCUCGAAAAUGUACAUAAAUAAAGAUAGAAGCCAUCUUUUUGUAAUAAUACUAUACAUAGAAAUUGUACAAAGGAAUCGUUAGCACAAAAAAAAAAAAUAUAAAA